AUGACCGACACACCGUCGAGCUCAGAUAGGUCCUAUCGACAGAGCUUGAACAAAGCCUUACACGUCUCACGCAUCCUCACCGGCGCACUCGAUGACGACCUAGGCAUCAAGAAACCCACCACGACAACCAAGCUAGGGGCGAAACAUCUAGCUGAAAACCAGGCCGCUCUACACGCAACUCUAUCCGACCGCCUUCAACACGCCGUCUGCUCUUGGGAUCACUUGGCAUCUUUCCAACUCAACCAGAACGCAGAGAUCGCGACUGGAGACUUGGCUCUGUUUCUACUCUCACGGAUUCACAGCUGCUUGGUAGAGAAGAAGAAAGAUGUCGCUUCUAGGGUGGCGGUUCACGAUGAGCGAACGCCUGCGCUGAAGCACAAAGGUAUUCAGCCGAAGGAGGAAGUAGGCUUAGGUAUCAAGCAUGUCAAGCUUGUCACUACGCUACAGUCGCUAUCAUCGAGAUGGGCGCUUGCGAAGCGCAUAAAGGCGUACGAUGAGGCGCUUUUCAAGCUAGCACCGAAAGGGUUUGGCAAAGCACAGGACAAGACCGCCUCGACCUUCAAGCUCACUGAACAGAACCGAUUCGAAGAGGUGGAUGAAGAGAGAGAAGUUCAACAACGUGCGAACGCUAGAUUGGCCUUCAAUGCCGCACGACAAGAUCUUGCGAGUGUAGUCGACAGAUGGGCGUCCAUCUUGGUGGCACAAGGCUCAGGUUCAGCUACUGCCCUUGGUGGACCAGUGUCAGCGUCGACGGAUGUAGUCACGGUGAUGCUUCGCGUUGGUAUCGUCGACUACCUCUCUUCGCUCCUCCGCUUAGGUUUUGGACCAAACGUCAAUCCAGCAGCAUCACAACCCAACCGUACUGCACCGACCAAAGAUAAGAUCCAGAAACGUGCAGCAGCAGCAACCACUCAACUGCUGCGAUUCCUUUCAACCCACUCUGCUAUGUCAGCCCUCUCAUCCGUCAUUGCACACUCUGACGCCAAGCUCGCUGCUCCUUCCUUCGUCAAAGCUGUCUCAUCCCGCUUGCUCAGUGCCCAGCUAUUGCGGCCAGACGGUGUUCGAUCGCUCUUCAUCAUCACUUUUGGCCGUGCUGAUCUAGCAGACGCAGCUGCUGAGCUCCAAGAUGCCGAUGGUCAGCGCCAAACCCAGAACAGCACAGCAGAACCAGGCAGUAACUCGCUAAAACGAUUCGAACAGUGUGCAAGGCUGCUUCUCACAACUCCACAGGGUAUGCCGCUUGAUGUGUAUAUGCCAAUCAUUCUGCCUAAUAUCCUCGACAUUCUAGCGCCGAAUCUUGAUCCGAAGUCGAAUAUCACGCCUCCACCGCAGGAGCAGAUGCGAGCAGCAGGCUUUGUUCUGACGAGGCUCUCAGAACGUCAUCCUCAACUCUUCGCAAAAGCGAUGCACGAUCGGGUCUAUUCCAACUUCCGUCCUUCUUUGCCGUCAUUGGGCACAAACAUGGGUACGGAACAUGCUUCGGUGGUGGUGACAUCCGUAGAAGAGCUAGAUAGCGCAGUUUCGGUAUUGUCCAGUUUCCUACUCUUUUCCGAGCCCUCUCCGACUUUCUUCACGGUCUUAUUCGAGCCGAUCUUGCCGCAGCUCUUGACGUUGUACAACUUGCUUCAUUCGCCAAAGCAGGGAAAUGGGAAAGGCAAAGUUCGAUCUCACGAAGCAGGCACUCAGAGGGAUAGGCUUAAGGUUGAAGUUGCAAACUUUCUCAAAACUUGGAUCCGGCUUGUCGACGCUAAACACGGAGCAAAAUCGCUCGUUGAAGGCGUCCAAGCUGCCGAAACCGGGAUUGGUUACCACCCUGCUGCUUCCAACAGUGACGAUGAUGGAUUCGCGUUGUUCUGGAGCGAACAAGAUGACGGCAUAACCAUUCGAUAUGGUCAACCCCCCACUUCUAGCGAGCAAGAUCUCUCCUCACUACUCAAGGAUUUAAGCCUGGCCGCACUAGCAAAGCAAAUCAGUGCCGGGAACGAUGACCAAGUUGACCUCAGCAAAAUCGCUCCUGAUCUUUCGGCCAGGCUCGGGUUACAACCUGAUCCGCGACUCGUAGCGACUCUGCUGAAGGGGGCAGAUCGGAAGGAUCUGGCUAGGUUGCUGUUGCCAUCUGUGCUCAAUAUCUAUAUGGCGCAGAAGUCGGCUUCCAGGGUAAAGAUAGUGAGUCAGGAUGGUGGGGUCGGGAGCCAGACAAGGUCGGUGUUGUAUUUGCAGUUGAUCUUGCAGCUGUUCGAUGCGUUCGGGCCGGAUUUGCUGCAGGGUGAUCUUCAGGCGAUGCUUGCGUUUGUUGACUUUUCGCUCUCGAGCCCUAGUCAACGUCAGGCACCGCCACAGCACGAUAGUGGAAGCAAAGAGAAGAAAGUGCAAGUCAAAGAGGAAAUGCCUUUCAUUUCAGCCAAAGGUUCCGCGGCGCAAUCAAAGGCCUCGUCGUUGUUCAACAUCGCAGCUGACAACGCACAGGAAACUGCACUCGCUGAAGCGAAACAAGAGGAGCCAAUUGAGGAAGAAGAAGAAGAGGAGGAGGAGGAGGAGCUCCUCACAACCGCCCUCUCUCUCCUCCUCUGCCUGCUCGAAUCGGACCCCACCCUUUCCGCAGAAUCGCAACCAAUGCUUCUCGUCAUCUCGGACAAGAUCGAAUCCCUCCUCGACUCCACCUCGCCUGAAAUCCGCAGUCUAGCAAAAGAAGCAAAACUCGUAUUACUCGCUCGUCGUACUGCCCAUCUUUCACCCACUCCCUCCACUCCCGCACCUAGCACCAGCACCACCACCGAAACCUCAUCCCGAUCCCUCCGCUAUUCCCAAGCACAAUCAACAUACCAAGAAGCACUCAAACUCCUCCAAGACCCCAUCCUACCCGUUCGUGCCCACGGCCUCGUCCUUCUCCGUCGUCUUGUUUCCGACGAUCCCAAAUCCGGCGGGCAAAACGUCGGAGAGCUCGACCCAGCAUUGAUGCCUGCGAUAUUGGAUAUCUUCUUGCAUGCCGUACAGGAUGAAGAGUCGUACCUCUACCUCAACGCUGUACAAGGUCUAGGGGUUCUAGCGGUGAGUGGAGGCGGGCAGACGAUUGCCAGAUUAGUUGGGAUUUAUAUUGACAGAGAUGACCGGCUCCUUUCGCAAGGUAUGCCAGCCGGAGGAGUGGAGAAGAGGUUGAGGGUGGGAGAAGCGCUGCUGCAAGUUGUUCAAAGAUGCGGGGAGGCAAUGUCGGUACAUUUGGAUGGCGUUGUACCGCCUUUGUUGGCCAAGUUGGGGGAUAGACGGUUGCCCAAUGUGUUAAGGUCUAGUUUUGUUUCGAUUUUGGGGACGAUGGUUGAGGCUGUACCGUUGGCGAUGGCGAGUAAAGGAUAUGCUGGGCGCUUGGCCGAGGUUUGUGUUGAGAUUGUGGUGAUUGAGAUGGUUCGCAGCCCAAAAUUGGGUGGGAAAGGGGUCAAGAUGAAAGUCCAAGGCCAACGCAUCACCGAUGCUGACGAAGAGGAGAAGGUGGCAGAGCAACAGAAGAAAUUGGAUAGCGCAACAAUCACAGAUCCCAAAGUAGCACACCUGCGUCGAGCAGCAAUGUUACUUCUAACUCUGCUGGUGAGGGGAACGCAGUUGCAAUUGCAAGAUCAACAGCAUAACGAGGGUGGAUUUGCCGAAAAACUGUCGGCGUUGAGGUUGCCGGGUGGUGGAAUGCUGCCUUCUAUCUCCACCGCGGAUGAAAGUGCUGCCGUGGGGAAUGGAGGAAAGAGGAGGUUGGAGAAGAAAGAUCUUCUAUUCCCGCCCAAAAUGUUGCAGAGGUUGAAGCAAGUUGCGGCAUACCUAGUCGCUAAUGACAGCGAUGCAAUUCUUCGAACCCAUGCAUACGAUUGUUUGCAACAUGUAGAAGCACUUCUCCUCGAGCUUGUCUCGACCGAUGUCGGACUUCUCUCCUAA